AUGUCAAUUGAAUUCCAAAGAAAACAUUCUCAACUACAAAGAGAAAAUCUUGGUUCUCGUUUGACUCCUUAUGAAAAAUUACCAUCAAUUGGUAAAUCGAAUGAAUAUAUUCCUCAUCCACCAUUAAUUAAACAUUCGACAAAACCAAAUCCACGUCUAAGACAAAUUAAACAAUACGAAGAAGAAGAAGAAGAAAAUGAAAAAAUUGUUUUGGCGAUUCAUUUGAAUGAUGGGAAAAGAAUUGUAAAAGAGUUUUGUUCAAAUGAUGAAAUUCUUCGCAUUGUCAAAUAUCUUGAAAAUCAACAAAUUGAACUUCCAAAAGAUUUUUAUUUUUCCACCGGUGAUGUUCCUAAAAGACAAUUGAAAGAUUUUCAUUUAACACUUAAACAAGUCAAUCUUCAAACUCAUACUAUGAAUUCAAAUGAAUCCAAAGUUUUAUUAUAUAAAUCUCUAUUAGAAUAUUCGAAAGUCUUUUUAACUGAAAUUCCUUUACAACAAAGUCGAAGUUCAAGUGUAAAUGAAUCAAUUUCUCGAGAUGAAAAGGAAAUUUCAUCAACAAGAUCAAGUUUUAAUGAAAUUGAUAAAGAUUUAUUAUCGAAAAGAGAAGAUUGUCAACAACGUCUUUCAUUAUGUUCAAGAAGAAAACUUUCUCUUUUAGCAUUUCAAGACAAAAAUGAUAAACAACAUUCGAAAUUUCAAAAGUUCAUUGAUGAUUCCAAUUUAAAACGAUCGAAAAGUCUUCGUCAAUAUCAAAUUGAAUUAAGAGAUUAUCUUUUCAAAAGACUCGAAGGAGAUCAACUCAAACAACAAUAUGAUCAACUUAAUCACGAAUUAUAUGAAUUAGAUCAACAACGAAAACUUUAUCUUCCAUAUCGUUUAUUACAAGAUGCUUCGAAUGAUGCCAAAAGUUUAAUUCUCAGAUACAACACAUUAUACGAUGUCAAAAAACUGUUAAAUGAUCGAGAUUAUCAAAAUGAAAAAACAGAGAAGAUAAAUGAAAAAGAAAGAUUUAAGGAAAAACAAAAAUUAGAAAUGACACAAUUAGAAACACGUUGUGCACAAUUAUAUGAACAAUUAACUUAUUUAAAAAAUCAAGUUAACAAUCAAGAACAAAAAUUAAUUGAACAAAUGGAUUUAAGAAGAAAUCGAACACAAACAAUUAGUCGAAUUGAAUCUUGUAUUUAUUAUCUUUAUGAACGAUAUUGUCUUCCUCAUCAAAUUAAACAAAUCAAAGGGGAUUGUUCAAUUGCAGAAAAAUUAAAAACAAUUCAAGAUUUCAUUUUAUAUCGAAUUGAUCUCGUUAAUCGAACUCAUUGA